AUGCAGAAGCAAGACCCCGAGCGGUGGUAUCUUCCCAUCCAGCGCGUUGAAGUCCCGCGGACCCAUUUCCACGACCUGAGUUGGGCACAAGCAAUCAAGCAGCGCAUUUUACGAUUUUUAGCGCCAACGAGGUCACUUGCGUUCACAGACAAACACGAGUACUUCACGACCCGCUUUGUCGACCAAGUGAAAGAGUACAGCUAUGUUCGGAAGCAAGUAAAGCAGCUAUUUCUUGUGAACCGCUCUCAUCGUAUAGCACAACUCAAGGAGCUGUGCGCUAGUCUCAAUCUAAGCGAACCACCGGAGCAAUGGGACGACGAGGUGGACAAUGUGCAGGACCUUCUUCAACUUUCAGGCAAAACGCUCUCGUCUAAUCUGGGAAUACCGACUGGACUUAUGAACAAUACGCGCGUGUAUGAUGUCUUGGACGCUGUACCGAGUCCAGAGGUGUUAACAGAGGAGAGGAAUCAGCUCAGCCAGCAAGAAAUCGAGCUGCUCGACCAGUAUUGCUCAAGCAUCAAGCGCACGCGUGUUCUGAGGUCUCACUUACAAGAGGUAGACGAAGACCUCGCCAACUACGCCCACCUGCUGAAGACACAAGCUACCGUCGAGUUGACAUAUUUCCGCGGUUUCCGUGACUGGUGUCAGGUCAUGCUGCAGCUCACAAGUAACCUUUCGAACUCGCUCAUUGCGGUUUCGACUCUUGGCGCGGGUUUGAUAUACUCGACUGUGUUUGGAGCAACACGAGGCGAUGUCGGACUGAUGUGUUACUGCUUCCCCUUCUUUAGCUGUGGCUUCCUGCUGCCUGUUAUCAUCCAGAUCAUGCUCAGCUGGGGCGCUAACCUGCAACGCGAAGCGAUGUUUGCCAGUCAACGAUUUUGGACCAUCGUCAUUGGAAUUUUCAUGUCAAUAUCCAGUCUGGCGGUCAUGGCCUCGCUCACUAUUCUUAACCUCACCGUGUUCCUCCUCAAGCCCGAUCCGACCUCUGACCCUGGCCUCGACGCGCCGACGACCAUGGCUCCCGGCAUCAUUGCCUUCAGCAUCACUGGGUCGGUCUUUCUGCUCGUGCUGAUGGGAGCGUUGCUUAGCGCGAUUGCGGCGAGAGCAUUCACGACUAUCCGUGGAAUCCGGGCGGUGUUGAGCGCAGUAUAUGGCACAAACGGCCAAGGACAGGACGCGUUGAAAUUGUGGUUGCCUGUUUAG